AUAGCGCAAGCUCGCGACUCGUGGUCUCAGUUCGGUAGUGAAACUGCGUAUUUCUUAGUAGCCUGGGGCGCAAAGGGAAGUAUUUAUACAGAAUGGAUCGGACGACACGAAAUCAUUCGUCGGACUCGAGGAUUAGGAUAACGUCCUUAUUGAUACGGGGUUGUCCGAGUUAGAUCAUUGGAACUAUCGUGGAGUCCUCAUCAAUGGGACUAGUUACAGUAAUUUAUGAUCAUGCACUGGGUUCUACUCAGUAUUUUCACUAUGUGGUAUACUGCAGCAGUGAAGGGACAACCAGGACCAGAUUGUGACCAUACAACUAACCAAAGUUCCUUAAAUUCAUUCCUAUGGAAGAUUGACAGGGAUCCUCCAUCCUAUUUUUUCGGCACAAUUCAUGUUCCUUACACUAAAGUCUGGGAUUUCAUCCCAGAAAAUACCAAACAAGCAUUUAAACAAUCCGAAUAUGUGUUCUUUGAACUGGAUCUGACGGAUCCUUACACAAUGUAUGCUCUUGCCAAGUGUCAACAGUUACCUCAUGGAGAAAAUCUAUCGAAUAUUUUACCGAAGGACAUCUAUCAGCGUUUGAAACGCCAUUUGGAAUACGUGAAAGACAAGUUGCCGUCGUGGGUGACGGCAGAUCAGCGUGGUCGGGGUGUCUACGCAGAUUCCCUUUUCAAAGCAAUAGCUGGAGAUUGGGAGCGUAAACGACCAAUUUGGGUGAUGCUGAUGGUGAAUUCUUUAACGGAAAUGGACGUUAAAUCGCGUGGUAUUCCAGUGCUGGACUUAUACUUAGCACAGGAAGCGGAACGUAUAGGUAAAAAGACUGGUGCUGUGGAACUUGUGGAAGAACAGUGUCUACCUCUCAAUGAACUCAACUUUCAGCAAGUUCUCUUUGCGUUAAAUCAGACGUUAUUCCAACAUGAAUUCCAUCGGCUCGGCUCAACCCCAAUGUCGUACACAACCGAAGACCUCAUAAAACAUUAUAAUUGUGGUGAUUUAAAUACCGCUAUCUUCAACCACGAUACUGCUCAAAUUCCUAAAAUACUCGUGAACAUAUCAUUGCCAUCUCAGGACUUAGAAACGGCCAGAAAGAUCGAUCAGUAUUUCCGUGAGGAGUUGAUCUAUCGGCGGAACAAACGUAUGGCUGACCGAGUCAAAGAAUUAUUGACGUCUUAUCCAGACAAAAGCUUCUUAUUUGCAUUUGGUGCAGGUCACUUUUUAGGGAAUAAUACAGUCAUAGAACAGCUUGGUGAAUACGGGUUUGAUGUGAAACAUGUCGCUCCAGAUGAGAAGAUACCAAAAUUAAAAAUGAAACAUCGGUUUCGGCCGCGUCAUCGAAAGAUGGAUGAGAUCAUUCCAGGAGUGCCAUCAAACUUUCCAUUACCUUCGAUAUUGUUGACUGGACAAUCAGAGACGAGAGAAUCAAGAAUACGAGAAUCUUUUAAUUCUCGGCGGAAGAAAAAACGAAAAGAACGUGAACGAGUACGGCAACAGCGACAACAGAGAUAUCAGUUCAAUUUUAAUGAACUAUGGGUUAGACUUGAACAGACUAGUCCAAAUCCACGGCCACAAGAGCAGACGACCCCAAAGGAAACCAAGUCAUUUUAUCGAGGUUACUUUAGCGCUGCCUCAAGUCAUCAAGUGUCGCCUUUAUCAGGGUGUUCCGUGGUCAUAACGUUGAUGUUCCUUGUCAGGUUCUAGUUAGAGAAUAUUUCUCCAACACUGCCACAACUCAUUGGGUUGGAUGACUCCAGCCUUACCUCAACUCAGCAAC